AUACGGUAAACAGGAGCUGUAGCCGUGGCAGCGGCGGGAGCGGGAGCCUUCAGGCGGCGGAGUCAGCUAUCGACCGGAUAGCGAAGCCGCCGUCUCCCGCGCCCGCCUUGCAUCGCGGCGGGCCCCGGCGUCAGCCAUGGCUAAAGAUAUCCUGGGCGAUGCUGGCCUGCACUUUGACGAACUGAACAAGCUUCGAGUGUUGGACCCUGAGGUGACUCAGCAAACCAUAGAACUCAAGGAGGAAUGCAAGGAUUUUGUGGACAAAAUCGGCCAAUUUCAGAAAAUAGUAGGUGGCUUAAUUGAACUUGUUGACCAACUCGCCAAAGAAGCUGAAAAUGAGAAGAUGAAGGCAAUUGGAGCUCGAAAUUUGCUCAAAUCCAUAGCAAAGCAAAGGGAGGCCCAACAGCAGCAGCUCCAGGCUCUAAUAGCAGAGAAGAAAAUGCAGCUAGAAAGGUAUCGGGUUGAAUAUGAAGCUUUGUGUAAAGUAGAAGCAGAACAAAAUGAAUUUAUUGACCAAUUUAUUUUUCAGAAAUAAACUGAUUUUUAUAGUAAAAACCCUAUAAAAAAAAACAAACAAACCUUCCAACUUCUCUUACCCCCAAGCCUUUAUCAUUCCAAUAAACUUGAUGACCACAUGUGCAUAUAUGCAAUUUGGGAUUGUUAACAGAUACCAUGUCUUCUGGAAAGGCAAUAACAACUUUUUUUAGAAUCCUGCCCAAUUGUAGUCAGUUGGCAGUAACCAGGGCCUGCCUGUCCAGAAGCCAGGACAGCAGGGGUGACCUCUUUGCUGUGUACUCACCUAUGUUGUCAGUUUGUGACCUCCAGCUACAUUUGUAAACACCAGUCCUUUUUUGGAAUCAUCUACCACUUUGAAAGGAAUAAGGCAAUAAACGUUUAUUUCUA